CGUCGACAAAAGUCGGCAAUCGAAAAAAGUGCAGUAGUGAGAAGAAUUAACAACAGAGUUCCAAAAUCGGUGGAGACAAUCAUUAAAAUUCCAUGCACUGCUGGAGAAAAAUAAUGCUAAAAAAUUCUCAUAAAAUUGCAGCGAAAAGGGUACAAAGUUUCAAGAAGGAAUGAAAGAAGAUGUAAUGUAAUAAUAGACAUUACAAGACGAGCGUAAAGUAAGAGAAGUAAAGGAGUUGAAGUGCCACUCCUUUGUGUGAAAGGCGAAUGUGCCAACAUUGGAGACAAAGUGACCGGAGAAAUAGUGAACGAAAUAUACGAUAAUUGAAAUUAAAUGCAAAGGACGUAAUGGCGAGACAGUAAAUGUAAAGAAAUUUAGAACGAAGUGAAAUAGUUGCACGAAAUGCAAGGAAAAGUGAAGUGUAUGCAGCCGAAAAAUGAGUAGAUAAAGAAACAUGUAGAGUGUGCGUGUGAAAUUCAUGUGAAUGAAGAAACAAGUCUGAGUGGCAUAAUUGAAACGUAAUUGGUGAUUAAUUAAAGCGCGAGUGGAAUGCGCAUAGAUGAUAAAGCUGGGAAACAGCACAAAUUAAAGAAAAUAGUAGAUAAAACAAAAUAUACUUGGUAGUGGGGUCAGAAGUAUCUCGAAAAAAAAUUUGUUAGUACAUACAGUGCAGUGUGGUACGAGGUCGAACCAUUAUAUUCAAGUUGUAAUACUGACGGAUCCGAUCGGCCAAUGUGUUACCGGUGCAGAGCGGUGAAAAUCAUUGCAUGAGUCACGCAUUUUAGUAAGCAACACGCUAGCAGAGGCAGCGUUACACAAACAACAAAGCAGGGGUAGCAACAGACAGUACAACAUAGGUGUAUUGAUAACUUCAAUGCCAAUCACCAUAAUCUGCUACAAUAAAACAUUCACUGAGUUAUUUUGAACUUGGCGUUCAAAACAAUCUUCAAGUUCAUUAAUUUCAAAUCGUCCAUAUACAUACCGUCAACAUGACCAGUUUUACGAGUCUGAAGGGUUGGUUUCGUAAGAAAGAACCCAUUUCUGAAAUCGGUAAUCCGACUAAUUUCCAGCGACACUACCAUGUAUCUCGCAAUGAAGAGACGGGAUAUCUGGAGGGUUUGCCUGCUUCUUGGACAAGGCUUAUGAAUGCACAGAUAACCCGCGACGAACAGGAUAAAAACCCAGAUGCUGCCUAUCAUGCCGUUAAAUAUUACAAUUAUUCAAUUAAGAAGAAGGACAAUGAGGUAUUUAAGCCGUUCAUAACCGAAGAGGCUAUACAUGAGGAGUCCAAAGAAAUAGACAAUUAUGUGAAUUAUAAAAACAAACACAAAUCACAUGAUCCGGAUAAAUCCGAUGAUGAUGAACUAUACGGCGGUGGCAGUUCGACGGGGGAGAGUGGUGCCUCGUCCAGUGGCAACAGCAAUAGCAGUAGCUUCAAUGAUAACCAGCAAGCAAUUCGUAUGACUGGCCUCAAUCAGGUGAUAAAGGAACUAGAGUCCAAUUUACUAGCACAACGCGAAACGUUAAAACCAAUAUCAUCAUUCACCGGCGAUGAGCGCCCACCAUUGCCUGCAAAAAAAUUGCAAACUCUUCCGCCUAAGCCAGUGUUGAAGCCAAAGCCACGAGCUGUCACGCAGCAGCUUUCACGGGGAGUGUCUGAUCUCACCACAAUCAAUUUAACUGAAGAACCUUUGAACAAGAUCAACACUGAUACUAUCAUCCUCAAACCUGCCAUCUCCGCAGCAGAUGGCGAUGGCGAACCUGCUGAUGAAUCUAUUCUGCGCCGUUCGAAGGAUAAACGUGCACAGAAAACGGACGCUGAAAUAUAUGAGGAACUUCGCGCCAUUUGCAAUAUGGAUGAUCCACGCGAGCGUUAUCAUACUACACAGGAAGUUGGCAAGGGUGCCUCGGGUAUUGUAUUCAUCGCAGCGGAUUUACAGACAGAAACUCAGGUUGCGGUUAAGACAAUCGAUCUGAAAAAUCAGUCAUCAAAAGAUCUUAUACUAACUGAGAUACGUGUUUUGAAGGACUUCAAUCAUAAAAAUUUAGUGAACUUCUUGGAUGCAUAUCUGCUCGAACCAGAAGACCAACUAUGGGUAAUAAUGGAAUAUAUGGAUGGCGGACCAUUAACAGACGUUGUCACGGAGACUGUUAUGAAAGAACGUCAAAUCGCAUGCGUUUGUCGGGAAGUACUAUAUGCAAUAAGUUUUCUACAUUCCAAAGGUAUCAUUCAUCGUGACAUUAAGUCGGAUAAUGUGCUAUUGGGCAUGGAUGGUUCAGUGAAAGUGACCGAUUUUGGUUUCUGCGCAAAUAUAGAGGGCGACGAGAAACGUCAAACAAUGGUGGGUACGCCAUACUGGAUGGCUCCAGAGGUUGUAACUCGUAAGAAAUACGGGAAAAAAGUAGAUAUCUGGUCAAUUGGUAUUAUGGCAAUAGAAAUGAUUGAAGGCCAACCACCAUAUCUCUAUGAGACACCGCUUCGCGCGCUCUAUUUAAUUGCUGCUAAUGGUAGACCCGAUAUCAAAAGCUGGGACAAACUAAGUCCUAAUCUGCAAGACUUCCUAGAUUGCUGCUUGCAAGUUGAGGUCGAUAAACGAGCGACAGCUGAUGAGUUGCUGAGACAUUCAUUUCUAGAGGAUUGCAGUGAAGUGAAAGCGUUAGUGCCGAACAUAAAGGCAGCCAAAAAAGUGCUGCGGCGUAUGGUGUAAUAGAACAUGAAUGGGGGGGAAGACAUGUCAUUAAAAGUGUAACAAAGAGUUGGAUGAAAUACAUAAGAGAUCAGAUCAUGUUGAAUGGAUUGAAGUGCAAUUGUAAUAUUGGAUUAGCGCAGUUGCACGAAUGAGCUGAGCGAGGACGUUGUGUAUUUUAGUUGCUUAUUUAUAUACUACAUAGACCUAAGUACGUAUAAGAAUAAUCGAACGGAUUUGAGAAGUAUCAAGAACGAAAAUGCUGUUUACUUCAUAAUAGCUGCCACAUAGUCUUGCGCUAAGUCAGUGAGUACGACAGAAGGGUAAUGGAGCUGUGAAUAGGAAAAUAUGGGGAGGCAUGAACGGCGGCCUGCUGUUGACGGAUAAAUGCUGUUGAAUGCGAAGCUCUUAUAUGAGCAACAAUUUCUUUUAUAUCAAAUGGUGCAUUAAUAAUGAAAGUGCGUGAACAUCGCUGGCCGAACGGUAUUGCAAUAGGGUGUCGAAAGGUAAUCAGAUGACAAUUUGGAAUGCGCCGCCGAAUGAAUUGAAAUUAAAGCUACAUUCAGAGCAUACUGAACCUAGCUGCAGCAACAACAACCACGAAACCCAACAAUAACAACAGCAACAACUACUACUACUACCACUAAAUCAUAUUUACUACUCAAAAUAUCAGCAACGUCUGACUUCCAUAUUUGUAUUCAAAACCACGCACACCAAACGACAGUAGUAAUAAACUAAGUAUAAAUAAGUAUUAAAAAAUUAUCGAAAACGAUUAUAACUAUAACUAAGUACAGUGUGUAUCAAAUAGCAGACUCUACAAAGUAAUCAUUACUAAAACUAAACUAACUAUUGCAGUACGAAAGACUAGACUACAAAGCAUAGUUCUUUGCAGUUUUUGUAUUUUUUUAGCUGAUUAAUUCAACUUGUAUUGAUAACUCGUAAUUUAAACGAAAAGUUGAAAAAUAUACAAAUGUGAAGUGAUUUAUUCCUAUUUUUUAUUGGUUCAAAAAGUAUUUGCUUUCUUAUUUUACGCGUCGUAAAUGCCAAUAAUUGAUGCGUAUUUAGUUUUACAAAGUAAAGAAUAAACACAAAACAAAAAAGAAAAAAAAAUAAGAAAAAUUAGUAGAGGUUAGGUACUAAAUUUUUAGUAAAAGUUAGUCGCAUUUCUACACAUAUGCAAAUAUACACGUGCACACCCACAAAUAAAUAUACGAAAGAUUAGCGAUAUUUUCAUUGCCAAAAUUACUGUUAUUAUAUUUUAUUUUAAUUAAAAAUUAAAUUGUAUGUACAUUACAUGUAUGCAAUUUUAUUUAUGUAUGUACUUUAUUUAAUGUGUUAUAUAUGUAGUUUUAAGCUUUUGCCUUGCGUUCCAGCUUUUAUUCUUAGAUGUUUUUUCUUUUAUCCCUUUAAACCGCAAUUGCACUUUUAUUGUAAUUUGUAAACCAUUUAAUUUUAAUAUAUUAUGUAUACAUAGGUAUAUUCAAAAACAAAAACAAACACAAAAUACGUUACACAAUUGAGAGGAAUGCAAAACGUAAAUACUUGUAAUCAAUUAAUAUCAAUGUGAUUUAAGCGAUUUUAUCAAAGCUAUGCAAUGUCUUAAAAACUACGUUAAAUAAAAAGAAGAGAUUGUUCUAUGCAAUGUUGUUGUAAAUUUUCAAAAAGCGCAAAAAGCUAAAGGCAAAAUAUAAUAAAUAAUAUUUAAGUACUACAAAUAAAUAAGUGAAUAUAAAUCGUAACGAAAAUUUAUUCCAGAAAAAUCAAAAGAAUUAUACAUCAAUUAUAGUAGUAGCAGCGUUAAAUAAAAUAAAAUUAAAAACAAGAUUAAAAUAUGGGCAUUAAGUAAAACUAAAUGAGUUAAAUAUUGUAACUUCGCGCAUUCGUAACUGUAUUUGUUGUUUUUUACAAUACGCAUAUUGUAAUGCAUUAUCGAUUUGCUAACAGCAAACAAUGCAAAUAACUGAUAUAAAUAAAAACAUAAGUCUUCUAUAAAUUUUUUUUAUACUGUUGUAAGCUAAAGUGCCAUUAGGUCUAAAUUGUGCAGAAAAAACGAAAUUUUUUUGGUGAAAACGAAAUCACCGCGCAACAUUACAGUAUCAAGUUAUAUUUAACUUACAUAUGUAUUUAUGCAAAACAAAAUUUUAUAAAAUUCCCUAAUUGUAAAUUUAAUUCGUAUUGCCAAAAUCCAUAGAUUCCUCAUGUAUUUACAUUUAAACAAAAAAACUUUUACAUUGCAUUUUUUUUUGUGACUGGCACUUUUAUAUAAUUAACUGCUGUAAUUUAUAUAAAGGCAAAUUUAAAUACAUACAUACAUAUUAUUUGUACAAAUUUA